AUGACGGAUAGCGAGACAGAAGUAACUCCCAACUCACCAUCCAAAUCGAUGUCAAGUCUCGAGCGGGCCCAACGCCGUUGGGUAACGGUAGAACCCAUCAUAUCCCUGGCAGUCGUCGGUUCCAUUACCAUCAGUCUAAUCCGACCGUUCUACCUGAAGGGCCGUCUAGGCGAAUCAAUGUUUAACAUCACAGAGCAAGAAGAGAUUGCCAAGUGUCAAGCCAAUAACAGCGAUGGUGGUGUCAUUGAGGAUGAGAUCCAGGCACAAGCUUCGCUUUGGUUGUUGUAUUUGUCUACUGCUGCGAAAAUACCGGUCGUAGUGAGUUCAAUUAUCCUUGGUACCUUAAGCGAUCGGCUGGGGAGGAAGUUGUGUUUGGUAAUACCAAUUUUUGGUUUCAUAUGUCAAGAGAUCGUGUAUAUCCUCUCUGUCUACUACAAACUCCCUCUUCCAGUUCUCUUAGUUGGUGACGUCAUACAGGGACUGUCUGGAGGUUAUAUGUCGCUGUUCGCUGGUUGCUUAUCGUAUAUCACCGACGUCACAUCAGAGAAGCAGAGAACCAUGCGAAUCGCGGUGGCAGAGAUGCUAAUGCUUUUGAUCGGUGGUAUUGUCCAAGUGAGUUCUGGGUAUAUGUUGAGAGAUCUUGGUCCCAUCCCGCCACUAGCGAUGGCAUUGGGGCUUAAUGUCCUGUGCCUGAUGUAUGUCGCCAUUCCAGGUAUUCUGAUCGACACUGUAGAUCGUAAAACCAUUUCCGAACAUCGUAAAGGGUUCAAGGAAGCUGGUAUGAGCGUGGUGAAGCUUCUGAAGUUCAACGAGAAUGGCCGUCGGUGGCAGAUGCUUCUCCUAGACUUCUUCUUGUUCUUCGUUUUGCUGAAUGUCAACGGAGCCAUGUCAAUCUACAUCCUGUACGGUUCGGCCGAACCAUUCUGCUGGUCUGCUGCCACCGCUGGAUUGGUCGCAGCGUUCGGUUUGAUUGCUGGGUCUAUAGGAAUGGUGGCUGGCACCAAAUUGUUUUCAUGUUGCUUGGACGAGUACUGGAUUAUGCAAAUCAGCUGCUUGAGUAGCCUUGCUUUCGACGUCGUUAUGGGUGUUUCGCAAUCGACAGCGCUAGUCUUCGUCGGUAAUGCUCUUGGAGCUUUGCGUGGGAUGGGAACACCGGUUGCACGAUCAGUCCUGUCCACGAUCGUAGAUCCAAGUGAAAUUGGCGCAGCCUUUUCCAUCGUUGCCUGCAUGGAUACGAUAUCAAGCUUCUCUGCUACCCUGAUGAUUCCUAGCAUCUAUGCAGCUACGGUGUCAUACAUGCCUCCACUUAUCUUCUAUGUGUUAUCUGGCCUGUCCUUCAUCCCCAAUGUGAUUGUUCUAAUCUUGCAGAUCCACUGGCCACGCCGGAGAGGCUACGAACCAAUCAAAGGCAGCAGCACCUAUGACGAUUGUUCAGCAGAAGAGGAUUGGAAACAAAAUCACACAACCUCCAUGAGUAUUCUUGAAACAGAAUAAACGGAUACCACAUGUUUCUGAAGACCACUACGGAAUAUAAAAGGACUUGUUACCUCUAUUUAUUAAACGAGGCGAACAAUUAUAUUCAACUUUUCAACUCCAUUAAUAUGUUUACGGCUAGAUGUACAUUGAGUUUAAAUUGGUACCUUCAAAUUCUUCCGUCUACCAACGAUAAUAAGGCAUAAUAUUGUGGAAAAAGGUGUAUGGAUUUUGUUAUGA